AUGGCAUCAAAGAUAACCGCAAAAGCCGAGAUCUUGGUACUGCAGGAGGACCUCCCGGGUAUCACCAUCACGGACGUCGAUGUCAAAGGAUCCAUCAGCGAAGGAGAAGGUUUCCUGAGUGACAUCAUCGCCUUUGAUGCCGUGGGGACCAGGAAAGGCACAAGUCAGCGCUUCAGUCUCGUCGCUAAACUGACAGAUUUCAAACGGCUGUCGGCAUUAUAUGGAGGACAGUAUCCAGAGUCUUUCAGGGAUACCCACAUCAACAUGGAGGCGUGUGAAGUCAAGUUUUACUCCGACGUGGUCCCGGAGCUCUUGUCGGCGGCGGUUCCGAGCACGGAGCGCAAAUCAAAGUCAGGGAAUAGAGAUGGCAAAAGUCAUCCCUUUACUGAUGCCUCUUUCCUCCCCAAAUGCUACUUCGCCGCCACCGACACGAGCUCCAUGCUAUCCGUGAGGGUUAUGGAGAAUCUGAAAACUCAGGGGUUCUCCAUAAAACCCAACAUCCAACCGUUGAGCCGUGCUGAGAUGAUGCUUGCUGCCGGGGCCCUGGCGCAGCUGCACGGCCUGUCACAUCGGCUGGAGCUCCUGUCGGGCAAAUCCCUUCCCGAGAAGUACGACUGGAUCAUGACUAAGACAGGUACAAUAGGUCCGAAGGCUAACAUAACCUACAAAUAUCUGACCAACGUGAAGGCGUUUGCCGCAGCAUUUCCUGACCAGGCAGACCUUGUGGCUGGCCUCGAAGAGUUAGGCCCCCGUGUCAUCUCCAAGGAGAACCUACAGCGACGGCUUAAGGUGCUUAGCCAUGGAGACUGCUGGGUCAACAACAUCAUGAUUAAGACAGCUCGUCCGGGCACCGGUUUGGAAAUGUGA